AUGUAUGACCACUACAUGUUGAACGAAAAGCUUCCAAUAAGUUCAAUGUUCAUCAAGAACUAUGAAGAUGUUUGUAAGUUGUGCAAGGAUUGGACUUUAGAGAAGAAGAUGUUAGUUAACAGAAGAUAUGAAACAAGGUAUGCAAUUAACUCAAAGUUAGUUACACCACUUGCAAAAGUCAUUGAACUCUUGUUUGCUAACAAUUAUUUCGAACCAAUUAGAACAGGAGAACUUUGCACAUACUUCACAACGAUGUAUAAUGAGAACCUUGAAGAAAUGAUUGACCUCACAUACAAUGAGCGUUAUUGCGCAAGGAUGAAGAAAGAUUGGAGUUCAGAGACGAAGAAAGACAUGAAGUUCCCAAGAGAACAUGUUUUCUUUGCUGACUUCGAAGCAUCAACUGAUGGAAACAUUCACAAAGCAUACAACAUUUGUUUCAUGGAAGAUGACGAUGAUGGUUAUACAUCAAUUUGGGGAAGUGACUGUGCGUCAAAAUUCCUCGAAGCUUUACCAGAUAAGAGUUUAGUUUAUUUCCACAACUUAUCGUACGAUGUCACUUUUCUCAUGUCUCAGUUAGAAGAGAUUACAGGAACUCCAAUCAUCAAAGGUUCACAAACGAUGCAGAUACAAGGAAAGUACAAAGGAAAACUUCUCUGCUUCAAAGACUCUUAUGCAAUCAUCUCAACUAAGUUGGAAAGAUUCCCUGAAAUGUUUCACCUCACUAGUGGUGAAAAAGAAGUUUUCCCAUAUAAUUACUACACGGAAGAGUUAGUUAAUACAACUAAAGUUGGUAACAUCGAUGAUGCCAUGAAUCAUGUCAAAGAUAUUGAAGCUUUUA